AUGAAAACGCUAACAGUUAACACUGAAGAUUCUUUUUCCAGUUUGCUGGAGCUUGCAUCUAAUAAUGAUAUUGAAGGUUUCAAGGUGCUUUUAGAGAAGGAUUCUUCUGCGAUCAACGAAGCUGGGUUCUGGUACGGGCGACAAAACGGAUCGAAGCAACUUGUUCUUGAGCAUCGAGCCCCUUUGAUGGUUGCUGCUACAUACGGUAGCAUUGAUGUACUCAAGCUUAUUCUGACGUGCCCUGAGGCAGAGGUGAAUUUCGCUUGUGGGGCGAAUAAAACCACUGCCCUUCACUGCGCUGCUUCUGGUGGGUCUGCCAACGCUGUUGAAGCCGUGAAGCUGCUUUUAUCCGCAGGUGCUGAUGCAAGUUGCAUGGAUGCCUACGGAAAUCGCCCUAUUGAUGUAAUUGUUGUCCCUCCCAUGCUGCAAAACAUGAAAGCUGUACUUGAGGAGCUUCUUUCGGACAGUGCUUCGGAUGGGUCUAUUGGUGAAUUCUCUGUUCCAGUGUCUGUUAAUUCAUCCAGCCCUGGUUCCCCGAAUGGAUUGCCAUACUCUCCGUCGGCCUCGCCGCCUUCUCCGGUGGCGGCGAAGUUUACUGAAGCAGCUAUUGGGUCUUUCUCAGAGAAGAAGGAAUAUCCUGUUGAUCCAUCCCUGCCUGAUAUAAAGAACAGCAUAUACGCCACCGACGAGUUUCGGAUGUUUUCGUUCAAGGUGAGGCCUUGUUCCCGGGCCUACUCUCAUGAUUGGACCGAGUGCCCAUUUGUUCACCCUGGAGAGAAUGCAAGGAGGAGAGACCCUAGGAAGUUCCAUUACAGCUGUGUGCCGUGCCCUGAUUUUAGGAAAGGGGCUUGUAGGCGUGGAGACAUGUGUGAAUAUGCGCAUGGUGUGUUCGAAUGCUGGCUUCACCCGGCUCAGUAUCGGACACGCCUCUGCAAAGAUGGUACUAGUUGUAAUAGAAGAGUGUGUUUUUUUGCUCACACUGCAGAGGAGCUGCGUCCACUGUAUGUGUCCACUGGAUCUGCUGUCCCUUCGCCGCGAUCAUCGGCUUCUGCUCCUAAUGUCAUGGACAUGGCUGCUGCGAUGAGCCUUCUGCCAGGCUCGCCUUCGUCCGUCUCUUCCAUGUCGCCAUCCCACUUUGGGCAACCGAUGUCCCCUUCUGCAAAUGGCAUGUCACUUUCCUCUGGUGCUUGGUCACAGCCAAAUGUGCCGGCGCUUCAUUUGCCUGGAAGCAAUCUUCAAUCUAGCCGAUUGAGGUCUUCCCUUAGUGCACGAGACAUUCCACCCGAAGACUUGAAUGGAAUGUUUGAUCUUGAUGGGCAGCAGCACCCUUUGAAUGACUUGAGCUGUUACUUGCAGCCUCGUCCUGGUGCUGGUUCUGUGAGUCGAUCUGGUCGGUCCAAGACCCUUACCCCAGCAAAUUUGGAAGAGCUGUUUUCUGCUGAGAUUUCAUCGUCUCCACGGUAUUCGGAUCCAGCAGCGGCUUCUGUUUUUUCUCCAACUCAUAAAUCAGCUUUUCUCAAUCAGUUUCAACAGCUACAGAGCAUGUUAUCACCAAUUAAUACUAAUUUGCUUUCUCCCAAGGGUGUUGACCAUCCUCUUUUACAUGCCUCCUUUGGUGUGUCUCCUUCUGGAAGGAUGUCACCAAGAAGUGUGGAACCAAUCUCACCUAUGAGUACACGCUUAUCGGCGUUUGCUCAGCGUGAAAAACAGCAACAGCUGCGCAGUGUCAGUUCAAGGGACCUUGGUGCUAACAGUCCUGCCUCAGUUGUUGGCUCCCCUGUAAAUGCUUGGUCCAAGUGGGGAUCUCCUAAUGGAAAAGUUGAUUGGUCAGUAAAUGGAGAUGAACUUGGUCGUCAGAUGCGAAGAUCGUCCUCAUUCGAGCUAAAGAACAAUGGAGAAGAGCCUGAUCUAUCCUGGGUCCAGUCUCUGGUGAAGGAAUCCCCACCUGAGAUGAUCAAAGAGAAGUUUGCUUCACCUCUGCCCACAGCAUCAGCUGAUGGACCAAAUUCUAAUUCUCAAAUUGAAACCAUUGAUCAUUCCGUUUUAGGAGCCUGGCUUGAGCAAAUGCAACUGGAUCAGCUUGUAGUCUAG